CCCCUUGGUAUCACCGAGGCUUCUGCAAAGCUGACCGGCCUCCGCAUGGGCCAGAUCUUUUAUAAAUGCUUCGUGAGUACUAAAAGAGCCAUUUAUUUUUUCACGGCUUUACAGAAGAUCAAAAUGGAGACCCAAGCUAUAAUGGUUCUGAAACCGGGGCAGGGAGCAGGUAUUCAAGCAAUACCGUUACCGAAGCUUCAUGCGGACUGGGUACUUGUCGACACGAAAGCAAUUGCACUAAACCCUUCUGAUUGGAAGAAGAUUGAUGGAGGGGGUGCAGAUUUGGGAUCUCGAGUCGGAUGCGACUAUGCUGGAGUAGUCAGGGAAGUUGGGCAAAACGUCACGGCAUUCAAGAAAGGUGACCGAAUUGGUGCAUUCGUUCAUGGAGCCGAUCGGACCAAUCAUGAUAAUGGUGCAUUCGCCCAGGUGAUUAUAGCGAAAGCUGCGGUUCAGUUUCAGAUUCCCGACAAUAUCAGCUUUGAGGCAGCUUCUACUAUGGGAGUGGCUGUGGUGACAGUUGGUCAAGCGCUGUACAAAUCUCUUGGACUUCCUCUGCCUUCCGCCCCCGCAGAAUCUCCGUUCCCCAUUCUCAUACAUGCUGCCAGUACAUCAAUUGGGAUGUACGGAAUCCAAUUCGCCAAGGCUUCCGGACUGCAGGUAGUUGCGACAUCAUCGCCGCACAACUUCGAUUUGCUAAAGUCUUUGGGAGCUGAUGCAGUUUUUGACUACCACUCACCGUCUUGCGCUGCGGAUAUCAAGAAGUAUACGCAAAACCAGCUCAAGUACUCCUGGGACUGCAUGGCGACUGGGGCAGAGAUGUGCGCUGCUGCCAUGACCAACACUGGAAAAUGUUUUUACAGCACUGUCAACCCAUUACCCAUGAAGAGCAUGGCGGCAUUGAGGAAAGCCAACCGCAAUGUUGACAUUCCUCGUUUUACCAUGGGUUACGAUGCUUGCGGAGAUGCAUAUAUGUUUAUGGGAAAAAUGGUGCCCCCAAAGCCAGAUGAGAUGGAGUUUGCGCGGAACUUCAUCGAAAUAAGCAGAGGGCUGCUUGCAGCUGAGGUGGUCAAGCCUAUACAGUUUUCCGUAAAUCAAACCGGCGAAGGAUUGGAAGGGGCUCUGAAAGGACUAGACGAGCUGCGGGCAGGCAAAGUCAGUGGUAAAAAGUUGGUCUACACCCUGUAGAUUCAAGACGCGGACUAUAGAUCUAACAGGGCAAUGUGUAAUGCUUUUGGACACAAAAAAAUACUACUAGGCGUGUUGGGCUGGCGCUACCGGUCAAUACAUUCCUACGCGGAAGAACUAUUUUCUGACAUGGUCGUCACGAUCUAUCCGCCCCGCUCAAGGUUUGAGCGUGGCUAUAUGGGCGCUA